GAAAGGAGGCAGAGAAAGGUCUGAGUGCAAAAAUUAGGCUGUUCGUUCAGUGUUCACUCACUCGGCUUAGGAAUUGGAUCAGUCCGACUCAAUCUUUCCGAGGCCAUACAGACGGAGAAAAUGUUAGACUAAGUUUUGAGACUAAUAGAAGUGAUCUCAGCAGCGAUCAGCUGUUUAGUUCCAAACCAAAUAUAUUUUUGGAAUUUUAGUUAAACUAAUAUCGUGAAUUUUUUUGUGAAAUAUUCAGAAAUUGUUAAUUUUCGAAUUAGGAAUGGUUUGACUCGAUGAUUUCGCCGGAUAUAAACGCCAACACUGGCGUUGGAAGUAUGAGUGACGCAGCGUUGAGUCAGUUACAAAAACUACAGGAUAAGGUUCGAGCUCUUGAAAAGCAGAAUGCUACUCUCCGACGGAACCAUCGUUUUGGGGAGAAGGAGGAGAACGUGGAAAACGUGGAAACGGAGACCGGUGUUGAGAGAUACAAGAGUAAACCUGAUUCCGCUCAUUUAGGGUUAGAUGAUAUUGAGUUGAUAGACAUCGAUGCUUUGGACGGAGAAGAGAGCACUUGGCUGUUAGAUCAGAAUCCAGAGAACCCAGCUGAUAAUGAAAAUGAAGAAUCAGUGCUAGAAUGGCUGAGGCAUGACGUGGAAACAGUUCAAGAUAUUGGAACCAGAAAGAAGUCCCUGGUUCACCGCCUUGAUGAGCUUGCAAAACGAUCACCAGUGCAUUCUCUUUAUUCACCAAAUACAUCAGGAAGCAGUCGGGGAAGCGUUCUUGGUUCUCCUUACAAGAUUCUCUCUAGUACACCAGCAAGACAACCUGACAGAGGGUUCGAGUCUAGACAACCUGAUCGAGGGUUCGAGUCUAGACAACCUGAUCGAGGGUUCGAGUCCAGAUCUGCAUUUGAUCCUCGGACAUUUUCUCGUGGAAGCCGGGGAAUAUCCUCCCUAACCUAUCCUACAGAGGAGGCCAGGGUAGGAUAUUAUACUACGGAGGGAGGUCAGCUCAGUGACGGAGGUCAAUCUAGGAAAUCAUCAAGAGACAACGGAUAUCUAAGAUUAGCCUACGGAACAUCACAGCUUAAUACUACUGUAGAAUUAGGUAAACCUGAAACUUCCGUACUUAACCAUACUUUCGACACCGUCGACGCAGCCCUUGGUUCGGAGCAGGGGUUAAACAGUACAUUCAAUACUAACCUAAACUCAAACCCAGAAUUAAAUCUAACCUUUGAGAGAACUAGUGAUAGAGUUAAAUAUAACUCAACUUUCAGCAGGAAUAAUCCAAACUCUACGUUCGAAACUGCUAACAGGACAUUUGAGGAUUCGAACAGAACAUUCGUCGAGGCUCCGAACCGAACAUUUGAAGCCAAGAGCACCGAGGUUUCGAAUAGAACUUUCGAGAAGGAUGAAUUAGCGGAGAGGAACCAGAGAAAAAUGUCCGAGGAUCGUCUCAGCUCUGCUAGCUCAGGGAACCGGUUAUCCAGAGGUUCAAGCCAAGAGGGAUUAUUAGAGGAUCUGGACGGUUUAUCUACCGAGUUAGAUAGGUUGUCAACGACCUCCGGAUUGUCGGAUUCAAUGAGUGUCAGCCAUCGUCUGAAUGAUGUCCAGGAUGUCCAGGAUGUUGCAAGGAUGCAGGAAGAAAGUUUGCGGCAUCCUCCCAGUUUUCAGAACAGAUCAGCGACGAUCUCUCCUAGUUCGGAGGCUAGUUUAUGUAGUCCCCAGGGAGAGGAGGGAGGUGGAUAUCAGUCGGAGGGUUCCUGUGGUUCGGAAGGAGGGGUUGGUGGUCGAGUUGAACCCCAGCGAGGUGAGGAACGAGGGAACCCUCAGUACAGACAGUACAAUAACAAACAGUACAGUAACGAGCAGUACAGUAGUCAAGAUUCAUUACCAGAUUCCCCGUACAGUUCACAGAGCCUGGACUCGCAUACAUCCCAGGGACCUGAUACCCGUCGUUCCAUGCCAAACCUGAACAAGAUGAGAGGGCGGGGAGGGGCUGGACAGGGUGCUCUGGUACGCCCACAGUACGGUCUCUCUCAGAUACGAUACAAUUCAGAUUCUAAACUUCAACCUCCUUCAAGGCUUCAAGGGCCCUUAGGUUCUGCUCGAGUGUCAGCCACCAACUUACGGGCCCCUGUCAGGGUACCAACUAGCAGGCCAAACGAGGAACCGGUUUUUGUGAAACCAGAACCGGUUCGGAAAACAAGUGGUAUUGCACGGCCUACUGGACUAGCCAGACCCAGUGCUUCUCGACUUCCAGCACCGAGAGGUGGGAUUCCCCGCGGAGGAGCAACCUUCAGACGAUCUGGAUCCGUUGAUCCUUCAUCUCGUAACGGCGUUAACGGCAGACAGCCGAACAACCAGAACUGGCAGAAAGAUUGCAACUGACGAACAUCAUCGCCGGCCAUGGCCGGCCAUCCAACAGUGCGAUUCCAUCCGGCAAUCAUCGACGAUCUCUUGCCGGUAUAUUCGGUUCGAGGUCAGAGGGCUGGUAACCGCUUUAGAAUCAUCGCCUUGAGCAACUCUCAUGUGUUAAACUCGAAUUUGGGAUUUUGAAUCAUAUACAACAGAAAAUCGAAGUAAGGAUAUUAACGCUACGAAUUUAGACCUAAAAUCCCGUGAUAUAUUAUUAAACAUGUGCUUUAACAAAUUAACAAAUGAAGACGACAAUCCAAAAGAAAAUAUCAAGUUACCAUCUCCCAUAUCAUUACCAAAUCCACAGCAGCUUCAUCCAAGCUUACAUACUCUACCUUCGCAUUCAGGAAGAUCAGGGGAGACACCUAGGGGAAUCAAGAAUAACUAAAGUGAUCACUCUUCCACCUGGGCGUAUGAUAUAAAUCCCUCCAGUUAGAAAACUGGAGGAAAAAUCUCAAUUUCCUAGUUUUUAAAGCGUUUUACUUAAUCCUUGAGAUCUUGCCAUGAUCUUGGUGAUUGGCGUUCUCCGUAGUUCCUGCAGAAGGAUGAUAGCUUUUAGUUUGGUUGGAGAUUCCGUAAAUACCUAUAGUUUAAAUAUCAAAUGAUAACCGAUAAUCUAUUUUUAUCUAUUUUAACAAUAAGUUCCGUUCUCAAUGAAUAUUUUAUUAUUUAAUAUAUAUAACGGACUAAAAAUAGGAUGUUGUGUGCAUAAUGUUCUAUAUCCCACCUCCUUGCUUCCUCCUGGAGGUUAAAUGCAAUUAAAGUAAUUUCUAGAGCCUAGUGAUAUUGCCAUAACUUUUAUCAUUUAAUAUUAUAUAAUUAUCUUCAAAGUAAAGAUUAGAGUUUUAAUAAAAUCUUUCAUUUCUUCCAUUUCCUCUGUUUUUGCUAAUUUUUUUGUUUUCUUCGUUUAACGGAUAGUCAACGUUUUUAGACGUUUUUAGACGUUUUUAGACGUUUUUAGACGUGGUCCACUUCGAGUAAAAUGUCACUUAAACCAAGUUAAAAUAUCGUCUUCUAUUACUCAAUUGGAGUUUCCUAUUACUAUAUUACUAUAUUACUAGCAGAAUUUAGCUUCAUAAUUAUUGACUCGAAGUCUAUUUACAUAUCUAAUAAAUAGAGAAAUAUGUUGCCUAGCCCCAGGUGUAUAAUUAUUGGUUUUUAAUUGUAAUUUUACAGUGAUAUUGAAUAAAUCAGUAUUUAAUUAACGGAAA